AUGAUGCAUGUAAUUUGGAUAGCUUUCUUAAUUUUGGGGGUACGUGCGAGAUUUUACCAAGAUUGCAACCUUAUCUCCAGCACUUUAGAGUGUAAAAAGACCACCUUCAUCUCCCCUAAAAUUACAGAGAUUGCUGUUAGAGAAUUGCGUAGUUUCAACGCAACUGAUGUGAACUUUCCAAAUUUGCAAGUGUUGAGAGUGGAAAAAUCAAGUGUCCCUUGCGCAAUACUGCUGGAAAGACUGCGCAAUGUAAAUGUUACAGUGAAUGGAAAGGACUGUGAAAGGUUACACACAAGCACAUUGAUUUGGUCAACAACUGCACCAACAACCGUCAUGGCUCUUGCACUGACUACUCUAGGGAUCUUACUUUAUGUGUAUAUGUAUCCACCAUGUAAACCUAAUUGGUUACGUCACACACGCUCGACAACUGCAUCCGCCCCUGCCAACUCUCGACCACAGACUCGCUCAACAACUGCAUCAACUCUCGGCCACAAACUGGCUCGACAACUACAUCCGCCCCCGCCAACUCUCGACCACAGACUCGCUCAACAACUGCAUCAACUCCGGCCACAAACUGGCUCGACAACUACAUCCGCCCCCGUCAACUCUCGUCCACAGACUCGCUCGACAACUGGAUCCGUCCCCGCCAACUCUCGGUCACAGACUCUUAAGUUUCUAUGUGUAGUGUAUAUUUUAUCAAUGUUGUAUUCUGUUACACUGAUUACCUCUCGGCCACAGACUCGUUUUGCCAUUUAAGUUUCUUAUGUGUACAUUUUAUCAAUGUUAUACUCUGUUACACUGCUUACCUCUCGGCCACAGACUAGCCUUGACAUUUAAGUUUCUUAUGUGUGUAUUUUAUUAAUGUUGUAUACUGUUACACUGCUUGUACAUGACCGGUAUGCAACAUAGUGUAUUUUUUUGUUUGUGAAUAAUUUUCAUGCUAUGUAUCCUCUCAUUACAUAUUGUAAGGAUUUUUAGAACGUAUGCUAAUCAUGUACAUAGUAUAUUUUCCCCAAACAGUUUACUUUACAAAAAAAAGCUAUUAAGAGAUCUUUAUUGAAAUAAUUGUCUUCCAAAUCCCUCUCUUUCCAUUUUGUAGAUCUGAAAAAUAUAUAUAUGAAACUUAAAAAAUGUUAACGUCAUAUCUAUGUAUGAAUAUCUUAACAAAAGAAUAU